AUGAAUUAAUAUAAGGUUAAUCAGUAUACUUAUGAUCUGCAAGAUUUAAAUCAUAAUAAUUUACCUUCAGCUCUAGAUGAAUUCAUGAAUGGAUUAAAUAAAUCUAUUUCUGUAUAUAUUUAUCAAAAGUUUGACGUUGAAACAGCCUUUUUGUGUGUAGCUCCUAGGAAGUAUAAAAUAUAUGGUGAGGAUGAAUAAAAAAAGAUGAUCAGCAACAAACCACUUGUCUAUGCAAAAGAAAGAAGUAAUUGUCUUUGCAGAAACUGCUGUCCUGGAGAUUUUCAACCUUUUAAGAUGAAUGUUUAUGAGAAGCUGCAUAUCAAGGAUGAAAUUAAAAAUGAGUUUAAGGUAGAUUAAAACUCAAAUUGCUUUAUUUAGUUAGUGAGAUAAUUUAGGUGUACAAUUUGCUGUUUUUUCAGACCUUUCAUGAAUGUUUCUAUAAGGACUUAAAACGGUUCUUUCUAAUUUAUUGGUAAAAUCAAAGAUCCUAUAAAGCUUUGUCCCCCAAGAGAAUGGUUUAAUACAGGAGUUGAUGUUCAUGAUUCAAAUGAUAAUUUAGUUUACAUUAUAGAAGUAUCUGAAUUUAAGUGUGGCACAUUUUGUAGUUCUUGCUGCUGCUCAGCCUGCCAGGAAGUAAGAUUUCAUAUCUUAUCACCGCAUGAUAGAAAUAUAGUAGGAUAUAUUGAAAAAAAAGCUACUGAUUGUGUCAAAAAUGCAUUAACAGGAAUGUCAAAUUUUAAAAUUAUUUUUCCAGAAGGCAUAAUUUAUGAAUAAAAAGUUUUGUUGUUAGCAGCAACCUUUUUCAUAUAGUCAUAGAUGUUUAUUGAAUCGCCUGGGGAACAAUCAGAAGAUGUAGAUGAUAUUUUAGAAAUUUUAGGAUGA